AUGAACGUGUGGGAGUGUGGAUCACAGGGUUUGAAGCGGAACAAGGUCAGAGCAGAACCGAGAAUCAGGAAAUAUAAAGAACUGGUCCACAAAUACCACAUGUGGGUCACAUACACAAUGGCGGCUCAGGACCUGGUGAUGCGAGCUCGCGGCGUUCUGAAGGACCGCGGCUGGAGGAUCUCUGACGACCGACUGGGCUCCGGGGACGACAUCUCCGUCUAUAUCAUUCCUCUGAUGUACGGGAACCAGCAAGACUAG